GCACAGCUGACGGACGCUGGGGUAGGCUUGUCCGAUGUUAGCCUGCUAGCUGCGUUAGCCGCGUCUGGUAAAUCCAGGCAGGAGCAGCCGUCUUUUUUCGCGCUUUCAGACAGAACCAGCCGAGGAGAGAUGAUCCACGGAACAUGGGGAGGACACCGCGAAUGUGGCCGCUUUUUGUUUCCCCUUGUAUCGGCAGCUUUCGGUUAGAUGUCAAUGUCACAGUCUGGAGCUAGGGCUGUCUAGGUAGCUCCGCUAGCCUGUGUCUGGCUAGCACAGGGCCAAGGCCAAGGCCAAUAGAGGAAAAGGGGGGGAGGCCGUCGGGUACUUUCUCUAGAGGUGGUCAGAGGAGCAGAGGAGACAGAACUUAGUUUACAGUUGCCUCCACCAGCACUGCCAUCACUGUCACCCUCAGCUGAGCCAUGUCCUCAUCAGGGUGCUGCCACCUACCUGGCUCCCUUUGUGAUUACUCUGGGAACGCUGAAUCAGACGCCUCCAAGGAUUCGGAGGAGUCUGAUUCUACAGCCCAGGCCCAGUACAUUGCCAAGGUUACGGCUAAAGAUGGCCGCCCACUCUCCACUGUUGUCAAAGCGGUGAGCUUGCAGAGUGAUGUGGGUAUGUGUCGGAUCUGUCACGAGGGAGCUGGAGGAGAGACGCUGCUCUCGCCCUGCGACUGCACUGGCACGCUGGGUAAAGUGCACAAGAGCUGCUUGGAGAAGUGGCUGUCCUCCUCCAACACCAGCUACUGUGAGCUCUGUCACACAGAGUUCACUAUCGAACGGCGACCGCAACCACUCACACAGUGGCUGAAGGACCCUGGGCCUCGCAGUGAGAAGCGCACGCUGCUCUGCGACAUGGCCUGCUUCCUUCUCAUCACGCCCCUGGCAGCCAUCUCUGGCUGGCUGUGUCUGAGGGGAGCCCAGGAUCACCUGCAGCUGAAGAGCAGACUCGAGGCGGUCGGCCUCAUCGCUCUCACCAUCGCUCUCUUCACCAUCUACAUCCUCUGGACACUGGUGUCCUUUCGCUAUCACUGUCAGUUGUACUCGGAGUGGAGGAGGACCAAUCAGAAAGUGCGUCUGCUCAUGCCUGACAUGAAGGGGGCACACACCACCCAGCGUUCGGUGCCGACCAAGUCGACCAAGAAAAUGACUGAUGAGACCAUCGUAUGAGUGCGGAGCAGCAGCAAGAGGAAUAUAAAGAAAAAAAAGUUGCCCUCGGAAGCGCUCUUUAAAAACAAAAUUAAUCAUAUUAAUGAACUUUUGCACUUCAGUGGACCAUUCUGAGAAGGGAGAGCUACUCUCUCCUUCUGUUUUCUUUUGUUGAAGCACUUGAUGUAAACUACUACGGUAUUGACCGACCACAGAAGUGGUUUAGGGAAGAACCCAUUCCGGAGUCAUAUUUGUUGAAACACAGAUGUCAUCGGACAGCCACUGCUGGGAAUUGAACGACUGGACACAUGGACGAUGGACUAACCAGCCCGACUGUACAUCUGUGACACAAACCUAUGAAAUACUAAGACACAAGCUAAUGUAGCAGGAUAUAACUGAAUCAGCAUGCUACUACAGUAUAAUAUGAAACAUAUUCACACAACCUAUUAUUCCCUCAUGCCCCUUCACAAUGUAUUUAGCUGUUUUUGAACAAUGGGUAGCCAAUAGCCCAGCAGAGGACAAUAAUCAACAAAAGCAGGAUUGACUAUCUGUGAACAUUCUUUCUCGACAAGCAAAGGGCAACAGUCGCUCUUGUUUAUAAUCUGAACCCUUUCAAAAUGUCCAGGUAAAGCUUUCAUAAAUGGUGAGACUCAAAUAAUGUCUUUUCUUUUCAGACAGCAGCUGAAGCGGCGCACAUCGAUCACACUAGUCAAAGGGUCAGGGAAGAUUGUAAUAUAUGGGAUCACACAAACUGAAUCCGUUAAACGGCAGCGCUGCAACGUGUCAGGACAUAGUAUUGACAUGUGGAAAAGUGUUAACAUUCCAAUUGGAUGACAUUUCUACUUCUGUCAUAAAAGUGCAUUCACAAAUGGCCCUGCUCCACUUGUAAAUGCACCAUUCGUGAGUUAAAACCGCCUAGCAACAAGCAGUAGUAUGACCUACGUGACAAAAGAUGCAACUUUAAAUAGAAGAGAAACAGUGUUCUGACUAGUGAGGUUACAGACGUUUAUCCUAAUUAUAUAAAACACGGAAAUGUAUCAAAAGUAGGCUGAUACUCAGUACAGGUGCAAAACAAGAAUUUGUAUUGAGAUGUCAAUCAAUGUAUGCAGCAUAUGCUAAACAAAAGUAUUUUGUGUUCUUGUAGUCUUCCUGCUGCAUCCCCUGGAAAGUUGGGUUAUUGUGCAAUAAAACAAGAGGGACUCCUGGA